AUGCUGACUCCCGGGACCGCGAUAGCAUACGUCGACUCCAGUCUACUAGGCUCGGGACUAGUCGAUAAUGCAAUUGUUUUCUCCAGAACCGAGAAUUACGGCAUUCUCGCCGCUUCUCCUGGAUACCUGGUUACGCAAGACGAGCUCGCUGAGAUUCGCAGGAUAUUCGCCGAUGCAGGAACAGGCCCAAGCAUACAACGGGCUCGAAAUGACGGCUUUCGUGUUGCUGGUACGACAUACAAGGCAGUCAAAGGAGACUCUAGGAGUCUAUAUGGCCGACAGGGUCGCCAAGGUAUCAUGGUCGUUAAUACGAAUACUGCCAUAUUCUUCGUCCACUAUCCUGAGUCCAGCUCGCACUCGGAGACUGCCAAUUUGAUAGAGCAAUUAUGCGACUACCUGAUCAGUGUUGGCUAUUGAGUCAAAGUAAGCAUUGGGACCAGCGCACGCCGUCUGCGGGAAAUGCUGUUAGUGUACCGGCACAAGGAAAUAUAUGGGUCUGGUUCGUACUAUUUUUAUGAUGCUAGUGGCAGACUUGACACAUAAUGUAGAGAAUUAGUAGAGUCACCAUAGAG